GCAUAGAUUCGUUAAGUUGCCUCAAAUGCCCGAAGGGCAAAAUGUGCAGAAAUAUUAGCCCCGCGUAGCAGGGCUCCGUCGACCCAGGGAACGAGACAAAGAUUUUCAUCUUUCACGAUCUGCCUGAUCUUACGAUAGGCCGCCGACAUAUCGUUUACAACCAUUGACAUAUAGGUAUAUCUAAAUCUUAAUAAAUCAAAAAAUAUAUAUACAUAUCUAGUCAAUGUUUACAAUAUUGACACAUCAUACCGGAUGCAUCCGAAAAUAUCAUUGGAAAAUAUAGGGCCAAAUUAGCUGCGAAAUGGACUCUACAGUUUGACUGAGGUAGAGGCAGACCAAAAUGAAAAUGGGGAAACUAUUGACUCGUAUUGAAGCUCCUAGGGCAGACUGACUGUGUCACCUGUAUCGCGGAAGACAAGAAAAGUCACGCGAACCUAAUUUACACAAAACAAAUAUCACAAACUCAUCAGGGUCAAACAUUCACCCGAACCCAGAAAUACAAGAUUCCGCGUACAAAAACUAGUAUCAUCCACCGUCACGGCGGCGUUCGCCAAAAUAACCGCGAGUAAUUUUACAUUUUCGCUUCAGAUUUGAGUCCGCCGCUGGGCCGGCGAGAGCGUCGCGCGCCAUUGCAAAAUUAAUUUAAAAAUAUAACGCGUUUCGUUAUUGCAGUGUUGUUGCUAAAUAUAGUUUUGUGUUGUGGAUCAUGAUUUUAUAUUGGUACAAUCAGGCAGAAAUCAACUAGGAUUCCACAAUAUUGUGUGAAGAUUAAAAAUAAAUGGCACCAGUGUAUGUUAUGUGAAAUUCUGUGAGCGUGCGAGAGAGACAACGACGGUGGCUGAAGAGAGACAGAAAAUGUCGCUAGUCGCGCCACGGCGGGUCCAGUUGGACUGGGCUCCUUCAAUCAUACCAUGGGAGAAAGAACCAACCUGCGAGAGGGAUUCCUCAUUCAAACAGGCGCCGCACCAGUCCAACGGAUCCGAGUCCUCCUCAUCAUCAGCGGACACCGACUCCCAGGGCUCAGGGUCAGACGCGCGGCCGCAGCGACAUGUGCCCCAGCGUGAAGAGAGGCGAUUUGAAGCCGCCCUCGCCCCUCGGGUGCAAGCCAACCCACUAUUAAGGUCCCGGACUCUACCAAACUUCGGUGGUAAACGCGAGCGCUCUGUGUCCCGCUGCGAUACAUCGCGCCGCGCCCACCACAUCACCAUGGCCAGCGAGGAUCUGCUCCAGCCCGGGCACGUGGUCAAGGAGAGAUGGAAGGUCGUGAAAAAAAUCGGUGGCGGCGGCUUCGGCGAGAUCUACGAGGGUUUGGACCUGGUGACCCAGGAACAGGUGGCCUUGAAGGUGGAAUCCGCGAGGCAGCCCAAGCAAGUGUUGAAGAUGGAGGUGGCUGUGCUGAAGAAACUGCAAGGAAAAGAGCAUGUCUGCCGCUUCAUAGGGUGCGGUCGGAACGCGCGUUUCAACUACGUAGUCAUGCAACUACAAGGAAGGAACCUUGCGGAGUUAAGGAGGGCGCAGCCGAGAGGCGCCUUUUCACUGUCCACCACACUCAGGUUGGGCCUGCAGAUACUCAAGGCGAUAGAUUCCAUACACUCAGUAGGAUUUUUACAUAGGGACAUUAAACCAAGUAACUUCAGCAUAGGCCGCCACCCGUCAAACUGUCGCAAAGUGUACAUGCUGGACUUCGGUCUCGCCAGACAGUACACCACCAGCAACGGCCAGGUCAGGCCUCCGAGGGCCGCGGCCGGUUUCAGAGGUACAGUCCGUUACGCGUCAAUAAACGCUCAUAAAAACAAGGAGAUGGGCCGCCACGACGACCUGUGGUCGCUGUUCUACAUGCUGGUCGAGUUCGUCAACGGACAGCUGCCGUGGAGGAAGAUCAAGGAUAAGGAGCAGGUCGGACUGAUGAAAGAGAAGUACGACCACCGACUCCUCCUCAAGCACCUGCCGUCAGAGCUCCGCCAGUUCCUCGAACACGUGCAGCAGCUGGAAUACGCAGACAGUCCAGAUUACUGCAUGCUGACUGCGCUUCUGGAGAGGUGCUGCAAACGGAGAGGCAUCAGGGACACCGAUCCGUAUGAUUGGGAGAAAGAUGCGGCGGCGGGCGGGGCCGCGCGCGCGCGCGCCGCCGCGCACGCCGCGCCCGAGCUCGCCGCGCCCACCGACAGCGUGCCCGACAACACCCGUCGUCGCCUAGAAAUGGAGGCGACGAUGGCCGGCACGGACACGGCGCCCGCGCUGCUGGCGCACAAACUGGAGAACAAACGGCCCGAGCCGGACAAACACGUCAAUGGAUACUCCACCACAGACAAGCCGACGGUGGAGAAGGAACCAGAGCCCAGGACCACUCCAGCGCCCUCACCCGACAGACAUGCCAAGGAAACCAGCACUUCAGUGGUGACCGGUACGACGGCCACGCGGCCCGAGCGGCAGAGCGUGCCGCCGUGCAAGCCGCGCGUCGGGCCCGUGGCAGAGCGUGCCGCCGUGCAAGCCGCGCGUCGGGCCCGGUACGUAGCACUAGGGGGCUCCUAUAGCACUUCAGUGGUGACCGGUACGACGGCCACGCGGCCCGAGUGGCAGAGCGUGCCGCCGUGCAAGCCGCGCGUCGGGCCCGGCGGGCCGACGCUGGCCCGGCUGCGCGUGGUGACGGCGCCGCCGUGCUGCGUGCAGGAGCUGGCGCGGCCCGACCACACGCCCGCCACCAGCAACCCGGCUGAAGCGGUCAGCCCUAGGAUCUUAGCCGACGUGGACAGCGUACACUCGGACACACAUUUCAAGAGAGGUACCCGCAGAACAGCGAGGGCUCGCGCCGACCAGAGCUACACACAAUUCGCCGUCAUGGACGAUGAAAACGUUUCUGCUCUACAACAGGUGACAAAGGGAGGUGCACUGACUCUAGUAUCUUUAUGGAAAUCUCAGUUCGACGAUUCAGAAGAGACCACAGAUAAUGAGUGGAAACAAGAACAGUUGCAGUCCCCGGAGCACCGCGCGGGCGCCAGCAACGCGCGCAGCAGCGCGGUGUCCAGCUCCGCCAACGCGCCGCGCACGCAGCGCGCCAACACUAAUGCUCAGCUCAACGCGAGAGAUCCUCCCCCCACCUUGCAGCCCUUGCCAGCGGCGGUCCCGCCGCCGGGGCCCGCGGCCGCGCCGGCGCCCCCGGCCCCGCCGGGCCCCCCGGCCCCGCGGCCGCGGCGCUGCCUGCACAUCCCCGGCAUCGAGGCCUUCCCCAAGCUGCGGCCCGCUUUACCUCGCAGCUGGACCUUACCCGCUAUUGGCGCGCACGUGCGCAAGCUGCGGCCGCCGCUCCUGCAGCAGGCCUCGUUCGACGGCGGCAGCGGCGGCUCGCUGCGGUACCGCGUGGACGUGAUGCGCGGCGUGGCCUCGCGCCACGAGGGGCCGGCCGCGCCCGGCCCGCUGCCUCGGGCCAGCAGUGCGCCCGUAAGUAUAACGUUCGACGGCGGCAGCGGCGGCUCGCUGCGGUACCGCGUGGACGUGAUGCGCGGCGUGGCCUCGCGCCACGAGGGGCCGGCCGCGCCCGGCCCGCUGCCUCGGGCCAGCAGUGCGCCCGUAAGUAUAACGUUCGACGGCGGCAGCGGCGGCUCGCUGCGGUACCGCGUGGACGUGAUGCGCGGCGUGGCCUCGCGCCACGAGGGGCCGGCCGCGCCCGGCCCGCUGCCUCGGGCCAGCAGUGCGCCCGUAAGUAUAACGUUCGACGGCGGCAGCGGCGGCUCGCUGCGGUACCGCGUGGACGUGAUGCGCGGCGUGGCCUCGCGCCACGAGGGGCCGGCCGCGCCCGGCCCGCUGCCUCGGGCCAGCAGUGCGCCCGUAAGUAUAACGUUCGACGGCGGCAGCGGCGGCUCGCUGCGGUACCGCGUGGACGUGAUGCGCGGCGUGGCCUCGCGCCACGAGGGGCCGGCCGCGCCCGGCCCGCUGCCUCGGGCCAGCAGUGCGCCCGUAAGUAUAACGUUCGACGGCGGCAGCGGCGGCUCGCUGCGGUACCGCGUGGACGUGAUGCGCGGCGUGGCCUCGCGCCACGAGGGGCCGGCCGCGCCCGGCCCGCUGCCUCGGGCCAGCAGUGCGCCCGUAAGUAUAACGUUCGACGGCGGCAGCGGCGGCUCGCUGCGGUACCGCGUGGACGUGAUGCGCGGCGUGGCCUCGCGCCACGAGGGGCCGGCCGCGCCCGGCCCGCUGCCUCGGGCCAGCAGUGCGCCCGUAAGUAUAACGUUCGACGGCGGCAGCGGCGGCUCGCUGCGGUACCGCGUGGACGUGAUGCGCGGCGUGGCCUCGCGCCACGAGGGGCCGGCCGCGCCCGGCCCGCUGCCUCGGGCCAGCAGUGCGCCCGUAAGUAUAACGUUCGACGGCGGCAGCGGCGGCUCGCUGCGGUACCGCGUGGACGUGAUGCGCGGCGUGGCCUCGCGCCACGAGGGGCCGGCCGCGCCCGGCCCGCUGCCUCGGGCCAGCAGUGCGCCCAGUCUAUCGAGUUCGUCAAGCACUACAGCGCCGCCGCGGAGGCCAGAGAAGCAGGACCCCCCGGAGGGCGCCACCGUCUCCAGUCGCCUUGAAAUACGAGUCCGGCCGCCCGACUCCGCCUCCCCUGGUCAUUCGGUGAAAAUCCAUUCUGUCGUGAGCGGAGGCGAACCAAUACGGAAUCACGAGGACGCCUCUAUUUACUACGACGCCACGGACCAUAGAGACAAGCGAUCGCUAACUCGCAGCGGCGAGAAGAGCCAGAGCCCAGCUGUAGAGAGGACCAGACUAGACACCAUACCAGAUAGAACCCCAAUUGUGAAACGGGAAGUCUCCAGCGCGGGCGGGGAUGGAUCUCAGAGCUUGAGAGAUCGUUCGACCACCAGCGCGACCACAUCCCGUAUCCCCAUAGCGACCAUGGCGGAGAACAGGCUGGCCAAGUGCGCCUCCUGGAGCGGGGACGGGCCCCUGUCCCCGGACCCUAACGAUCUGACGCCAGCGCUGCGCCGCCGCCGCCAGAACGCGGGCGACAAGUACGCGGCCGACCCCGCGCGGGACCUCAACCUGCGCUUCGCGCGCCCGCGCCACCGCCAGCCGCCCGCGCUGCACUCUAGGAGCGGGUCCCGCGGCGUGGCGCUGCUGGCGUCGCCGCCGGGCUCGGGGGCCUCGUCCCCCUCCGCGUCGCCGCCCCCCGCCCCGGGCCCCGCCCCCGGGCCCCCCGCCCCCGGGCCCCCCGCCCCUCCGGCCGCCCCCGCCGAGCCCGCGCCGCACAACGCCGCGCGCGCCAGGAGGUUCCGCCCCCUCUCCAUCGCGCCAUAGGACACCACAAACAGCUGUGACACAGCAGAGGACUUCUAAACACUAACAUAUACACAAGUAUAUCGUUAUACUUGUUAUGUAUACAUUGAGAUUGAGCAUGAGAUUUGACAAGUCAAGGUCGUCGAAUACAGUCCAGAUCAUGCAGAUUAAGUGGUCAAAAAUAUCUAUACACUACUUUAUCGAACACAGAUGUUUCAAUAGUACCAAGGAGAAUUUGAAAUAGAGAUUGUCAAAAAAAAUUGGAGCCACGGUAAAUUUACUGUCAUUUCGACACAUGAUUUAAACUUUUAGAUAUGUGUUAAAGUUGUUAAAUAUCAAAAAAUGGCGCCAUCUUACCGGGCAGUACCCAAAGGUUAUGGUUAUGGCGCCAUCGCUCGAAACGAUGCCGCCAUACCUUUGGUCUUUGAUCUAUUAGAUGGCGCCACUUUUUGAUAUUUAACAACAUUUUUUAUUUUUAUUUAAUCCUUAUUGCACAAUACAUGAAGGUACAAAUGCCGGACUUAAUGCCUUAAGGCAUUCUUUACCAGUCAACCAAUGGGUUAAAUAAGAAAGAUUAAUUAUAACACGUCAAAAUCAAAUGGCGUUCUAAAAGUUUUAAUCAUGUGUCGAAAGACGACAGUAAAUUUACCGUGGCUACAAAGUUUUCUUCGACAAUCGACCUCUAUUUCAAAUUCUCUUUGACAUUACAUAGGCUAUAUUGUUUGCCACAGGUAAUCCGAGCGUGAUUUUAAUACGGUGUCCACUUCCCACACGUUUUUUGGUGGAGUGUAGAUAUUUAUGAGCUUGGCUGUACUCGAGGAAGACAAGCUGUGAUACUGGUAUAUGAUGUUGAUAUCAAGGUAUAGCGAACGAAGAAUUAUAUGACUAGUACUUAUAUUUCAGUGGACCUUUGAGAUUUACGAAACAUAUUUACGUAAAAAGUGGUUUAUUUAUAUUAUAUUUUUUUCCUGAGUCAUGGGUGUUUUAUAUGUAUUUAAGUAUUUAUAAAUAUCGUUGUCUAAAUACCUACAACACAAGCCUUAAUGAGCUUACUGUGGGACUUAGUCAAUUUGUGUAAUAAUAUCCUAUAAUAUUUAUAUAUAUUUUUUAUUUUAUUUGAUUCUGUACGAAGAAGACUUUUGUAAAGUCUUCUUCGUACACACUUAAAACUUGCGUCGUGAUUUAAUUGAUCACCACUCGUUGCGAAUUUCCUAUUUUCUGCACUUGCAUCGUAAAUAACUAUUAUAUUCUCUCAUAUCCCAAAAAUUACUCAUUUUAGUUUAAGUAUAUUACAUAUUUUAUAAACCACUGAAUGAUACAUUAGUUAUAUAAUUCUUCAACGGCCACUGUUAUUUAAGAGUUACGGGAACCUAAAACGGUAUGAAAUGUUGAAAUAAAAAAAUUGUGAUCGACUCGAACCUCAACUUAGAAUAAACCUUAUGUUAUUAAUAUUAAUUAAUAGCUUUUUAAGGGAAUUAACCGAUCUCCAACACUUAUGCUAUAUUUAAUACAAUUUACAAUUACACCUAUUUUAGAUAAAUUACUUUUGAUUCGUUUUCUAAACGAAUACUACCGUCAAUAGUUAUUUACGAUGCAAAUGCGAAAAAUAGGAAAUUACGUUAGCAUAUUACGUUACUGUGUCGCACAUUUAAAGGGCCAUAUGUACUGUAAAACGUUGUACGAUACAUGUGCGAAUAGGUAAUUCGCAACUCGUGUUGAUUUAAAACACUCCCUUCGGUCGUGUUUUAAUUUAUCGCCACUCGUUUCGAAUUUCCUAUUUUUCGCACUUGUAUCGUAAUGUACUAUUACAGUACAUAUGGUGCUUUACCGCACUAGUGCGAUAAUUACCUAUGUCGAAAAUUUAAAGGGCCAUGUGUAUUGUAAAAGUGUUUUACGAUGCAUGUGCGAAUAAGUAAUUCGUAACUUGUGUCGAUUUAAAACACUCCCUUCGGUCGUGUUUUAAUUUAUCUCCAUUUUUGCACUUGCAUCGUAAUGUACUAUUAAUGUAUAAUAUGUGUAAAGGUGGCUGUAUACAUCGUGUCAUUCACGAAGACGUGUGUAUUAUCAUGUUAUUAAAGGUUAAAUUUGAUAAAUCUGCGCGUCAUCUUGGAUGACACGAAUUACAUCGUCAUCUAAAGCAUUGUUUCACUACUUAAGAGCGCUCCAAACUUGGACUCACAAGAAUUUAUAAUAUGCCAGCCAAAUAACGACCUUAAUCUUUUUGUCGCCAUUGACUUGAUAUAAAGUCAGUACAUUUGCCCCACACGCCACGAUCUUAACCUUUUUGUCGCCAGUGACUUGAUAUAGUCAGUACAUUUGCCCCACACGCCACGAUCUUAACCUUUUUGUCGCCAGUGACUUGAUAUAAAGUCAGUACAUUUGCCCCACACGCCACGAUCUUAACCUUUUUGUCGCCAGUGACUUGAUAUAAAGUCAGUACAUUUGCCCCACACGCCACGAUCUUAACCUUUUUGUCGCCAGUGACUUUAUAUAAAGUCAGUACAUUUGUCCCACACGCCACGACUUCAUAUCAAGUCGUGGUUUUGGUCAGGUUUGUCGUGCAAUUUUUGACGUGGCGUUGAUGAAACUAUUACUUCAUUGGCGUUGCGGUGAAAAGGUUAAAUUUUAAAUUUAGAAUUGAAUUCGUUUUUUCCAAAAUUGUAUCGGUUGUCAGUGGGAAGCGGUUAACCGUAGACCUCUGUCGUGUAUAACCGUCGCGUCUAAACGUUUUGGACUGCAAACUACGUCGCUUAACGCAUUCACUGCCAUUGACGCAUAUAUGCGUUCACCGUCAUACAAGUUUGCCGCGCCCCCUAGCAGUGAAUGCGUUAACUUUCAUAAUAUAUUCGGAUAUGCUUUCAAAACGCAGGUGCUUUAAUAUGAUUUUAUAAAAGAAAAAAAGAAAAAAACGACUGGUUUUUAUAUGAAAAAAAAAACUUGUAUAAGUAUAGCAUAUACGCUUGGUGAGGUAACAAAAAGACUAUUUUCUAGAAGUGGUUCUGCAGCGUAUUAGAGACAUAUCAUACACAGUCAAAAUUGAUAAUUUUUCGGUAUUAAUAUUUUUUUUUCAAAACCAGAUAUAAACAUUCUUCUUAAAGAAGUAAAUAUAAUAAUCUCCUAAGGCCCAAGGUCCUACCUGUAGUACUUACGUUCGAUGAAAUUUAAAUCAUAUUCAAUUGGAACAAUCACUUUUGCAUUGUUUCGUUCAGUUUUGAAACAAUGCAAAAUCAACUUUAUUUCCUACACAUUAGGUUCAAAUUUCAGUGGUAAGUUUCUGGGCCUUAGGAGGACAUUAGUUGUAAUAGUUGAAACGCUCUCACCACUUCUAGUGAUACCUGUGUUAAUGAAAUACGAUGAAGCAGUUUUAGGGUAAUAUUAUAGGACUCGCUUCCCCGAGCUAAAUGUUACAUUGCAAUGUAAGAUUAAAUUUCUUAGUUAUGGCAAAGAGAAUAAAGAAGACCAAGAGUGCUCACUCCAUACAACGGUUUUGUUACCAAAAAUACUGUUAUUUUCGUAGUCUACAUCUAGCGUCAAGUAGCGAACCUCUGUACUGCUACUCGACAAUAGAUGUCGCGGCUAACAAAAAGUCUAAUGCUCUCAACGAUUUUCCGCUAAUAUCUACUCUUCUCCUCCGCUCCUAUGCUUACUCUGAUUAUAAUAUUAGCUACUGUAGUAGUACUGAGAGUUCCGCUACUUGACGCUAGAUGUAGACUACGAAAAUGAUAGUAUUUUUGGUAACAAAACCGUUGUAUAGAGUGAGCACUCUUGGUCUUCUUAAUUAUCUUUGGUUAUGGCCAUUGGCAAUGAUUUAAAAAAGAUUGAAUUGAAAACUCUAAUGUUUGAAUCUUUCAGAAAAAACGGUAAAGUAUUGCCAACUUUUUUUAAUAUUUUUAUUGUAGCCUGGUGCAUAAGCCUGCGGUCAUUGUGUACAAAUUGAACUUAAAUGUAAAAUUGUAAGCUACCGUAAGCAUCAAGGCAUUGGAAUAGUUUUGCUAGCUAAAAUUUCUGUGCAAAAAAUACAGUUACGAAACUGUUUUCUAGUAAUUUGAAAACUAUAAGCAUUGAGUCGCUUAUUUUGGUGCAUACGCAACGUCAAUUGCGUCGUUUUAGUGAUGAAUAUUACAAAUAAAAUCGUUCGUUUUUUAGCAAUAGAAAGGAGGUAGGCGAUUUUAAAGUGUUUUUUAUUGAAAAACACGUUUGAAGAAGUCACGGCAAAUAUGUAACAAUUAUAAAUCAUAUACGAUCAUUUACAUUAUUUUGCUUUCAUUAGUAAUAGUUACUGAUUUUUAACCUUUUGACCGCCUAAGACGUCAUAUGACGCGCGCGGCUACAGCCCAAUAUUAACCUUCAUGCGUACCAACAAGGUUCACGAUUACGCGCCGCGUGCGAUAGGCGUGGCGUUCAAAAGGUUAAAAAGAGUUUUUCUUAAAAAGUGUCAAGAUUGUUUACCUUUUCUCUAAUGCUAAAUAAACAAGUUUACGCAAUUUCGCGUACGCCAGUAUUUUCUGAUUUGAAGUGAAAAACUUGAUAUGAUGCCGUGAUAUCACGUCAUACGCAACAAAAUGUCAAUCAUAUUUUUACCCACAUGAUAACGACAAAUAUAAUUGUAAUAUAGUAACUAAAGUGGCACAGUUGAGCUUAUGGUUAAUCUAUUCAUUAUUUAUAAUAUUAAUGGUACAUAUGUACUUGCAUAUAAAUAUAACAUUUCUUACAUCCUUCCAAUGAAAUUACGUCGUAGGUAAGUAUGCGACUACUUUUUGUAAUGAAUCUUACAGAUUGGGUUUAUAAAGCGAAUUUGAACCUUUUGCCAAUCCACGAGAGUCGAUAUUCCUUUGCCGCCGCUGACGGCAUAUGCCGUCGUUUUUUUUAGUAAUAGUAGAAGUUUGUAUUUUAUAUGCAAGUACAUUUUAUUCAUCUCGAAAUGUAUAUAGUGUUUUGAAUAAUUUAAUUUAAUUGGCUUAUAUAAAUAUAAGACUUAUCGCUCAUUAUUUAUUUGACAGGUGCUAGUUUUGUAUAGCCUAACUUUUCGUCGAGUAUUUUGACAGGAAAUGUCAAAUCGACCAUUUUCCUUCAGCUUUUGACUCGGUGUCCAUAUUAAUCCCUAGUCUUGUCUCUUUCACGCGUACGUUAAUAAUUAUGUGGUUAAAAAGAGAUGCAUAUUUUGAAAUAAAGAAAUAGUUGUAUGCUAAAUUUAAUUUUAGGUGCUACUGAUUUUAAAAUCAUGAGUUGAAAUGACAGUUCUUUUACGGAAAAAUGUACAGAGAGGUUUGCUUUAAUGUUAAAAAAAGGAGAUUAUUUAUUUGAUUAUUUUGCGGCUUAAAUGGUCACUAAUAUUUAUUUUAAUAACAAGGUGUAAUGUUCAAAAUAAAUUGUUAUUAUCAAAUUGUUACUUAAUAUCUAUCGUGGCUUAAGAGUGAAUAUUAUUAGGGAAUUUUCGAAAAAAAAAAAAAACACUUUCUUGAAUAAUAUUAAGCGUUGCUUUUGAAUGAACUGAUUGAAGUGGCUCGAGAUUCGAGAAAGUCGAAAAUUCUAACUUUCGUUAAUAGAAAGUUGGAUUUUAGUCGAAAAUGCAGGGAUGACUGUGUAUCCUAUUUGAAGGAGUGUAUAAAAAAAGAUAUUUUUCAAAUGUGGAAUUUUGAAGGGAUUUCGCUGUGGUUUUUAAAUGUAUCUCAAGGUAUCGAUGUUGCACUUUUAUUCUUUUAAAUUUAAAUAAAUAAUAUUAAAGUAUUUAUAUCAAAUGAAAGCAUUUAACUUAAUUUUCAAUGCAUUUCGAAUACUAUUCUUUUCACAUAAUACUCAUUUCAUGAUAAUUCAAAUGAAAUGACAAUUGUUAUUUCCUAUUGCUUUUAAUUUGUCUUUGAAUUGUUUUUAAAUACUUUAAUAUUAUUAAUUCGAUCUAUACAUAUGUAUAAAAUGGAUAUAAUAGUAAUUAUACGUAGAUGCCAUUAAAUUCUAGUCUUGCUGCGUAGUCUUAGAACGAGAAUAUAUGUAAUAAAUAAUUAAUACAAAUAAUAUUUAGUAAUUAAUUAUGAUAUUAAACGAGAGAAAAGGUUGACGCACCUGGAUUGGUUUACACUAGCAACACAGAGUAUUGUUGCCAGUGUGGAAAAGUCCGAAAAAUGUUGCUGAUUUAAAUUCGCUUUUGAAAGCGCGUUCGGUUUCUAUAUGUAUAUUAAACUCAUCUGUAACUAAACUAUUUCCUUAUAUGGGUACAUUUAAAUAGCGAUUAAUAUUUUACUUGAAAAAUAAAAUGUGUCAAACCACCAAACCCCUUGAACGCCACAGACGGCAAUAGCCGUCAAAGGUUAAAAUUAACCCGAUAAAAUAGCCGUGGCGAUAAAAAUCUGCAAGUAUGGUCAAGUAUCGCUUCUGAAUUUGUAAUUAAUGAAAUUAAAGGUGUUGGCAUACUACGGAUGCAGGAAGAAAGUGAUAUAUUUUUAAUUUAAUCCAGCUACAGAUGAGUUCAUUAUGUUAUACCUCAUUUAAUAUAUUUAAUUAGUGGAGAGUACUUCUAUAUACUCAAAAAUAUCACGACAAGAAUCUGUUACUACUUGCCUUUUUAUUUACUUAGGGUCUAUAAAUAGUUAACAAAAAUAUAAAUUCUGUUCCAAAAAUUUAAAAAUACAACUUAAUUUAACCGGGGUGAAUAGGGACAGCUGGGGAGAAUAGGGACACAACUUAAACUUCUUAGAAAAUACUUAUACAAAUUAUAUCAUUCUAUUGAACAUAAUGUCGAUUUUGUAUGAUACAAUUUGUGUAACUAUGUUGUUAGAAAUUGACAGGUAAUAUUAAUCACAUUUUAAGUUUUGUCUCUAUUCACCCCAGCCGUCCGUAUUCACCCCGUUUGACAGUACCUAUUUGUAUGUGUCAAUGCGUAGAGUAUCCGUAUCUUUAGAUUUCGGGAAGAGAAAAGAUAAAUUAGGAUAUUUAAAUGACUCCAAAAAGGUAGAUUUUCCAUGAAAAACAGUUUUCUUUACUAAUUUGAUAUAAUAAAUAGGGUAUGGAAAAACCGACGCAUUACAAUUCUAGUCUAUGGCCGCUUCCGUCUCUUAAAUUUUAUCAUUAAAAAAUGAGACAUUAUUUUUGUCAAAUGUAUAAAAAAUGUUAAUAAGUAUAGGGCUCUUUUUUAAAACAUUGUCUGUGAGCGGUUUUUUUAUGGACGCACGCUCGGUUAACGUUUUAUUUUGCCAUAUUUUUUUACAUUUACCGAAAUAUGCACAAUAAAAUUUUAAUAAAAGGUAAUUUGUCCUUUCA